GUGUGAUCAGGAUCGGAUCUCUGCAGUUGAUCUGCUCGGACGGCUUCCCCGACAAACCACAGAGCAGAGGACAGUCGAAGUUCAUCUGGUGUGAUUCAGGCACUAAGAUUUACCUGCUACUAACAGCCGUGGAUCGUGAUAUGAACCUGAAAGUGUUCUGCCUGUCUCUCCUUCUUUUUGAAGCCUCCUGUUUCACUGAGUUUGAGAUUACUGUGCCCAGAGGUCCUGUCACUGGGUUUUACGGAGAGGCGCUGAUCCUCCCCUGCACCUUCCCUGUGGACUCGUGGGAUCUGAGUAGCACCGUUAUCACCUGGCAGCGUGGGCUGGACGUUGCUCACAGCUUCUACUACAGUCGGGACCAGCUCGACCGUCAGAAUCCUCAUUAUGUGAACCGCACCAGCCUGUUCAUCCAGGAGAUGGCAGGAGGAAACGCAUCACUCAAACUGGAGAGAGUCACUCUGCAGGACUCUGGUGUGUACACCUGCUCCAUCAGCACAAACACCGGCAGCCAGAAGAAGAGCUUUAGAGUGAAUAUUGCAGCGUUCUACUCUGAACCUCGUCUGCAGUUCUCCAUGUUAACUGAUGGAGUCAACCUGCUAGUGACAUCAGAUGGGGGCUACCCUUCUCCUGAACUGCAGUGGCUGAUGGAAAACUCAGACAUCACUAACCAGACACAAACACACCUCAUGCAGGACACACAAACUGGACUUUACAUUGUGUCUAGUUGGAUAAAUCUCACUGAAGUCACAAACUCCUCUCUGACAUUCAUACUGAACAACAAACCUCUGGGUCAAGACAUCAGAAGAGAGAUCCAGCUGUACUCAGAUAAGAGUGAGAGUCAAGGAGAGUCAGCGUACAGAUGCCACGGAUGCUUCAUAUUGAUCCCUGUUAUUCUGCUGCUGCUGAUCGUGAUGGGCUUAUUGUUUGUGUUCAUUAUAAGCAGAAGAAGAGAACAAACCAAACUAAAUUUCUUUACUAAUAUGGGACUCAACUCUGAAACCCAAAUUCUGAAUGGAAAAUUUCAGCAGUGUAUAGGAGCAUAACAUCAUAAUGUGGUUUGACAGAGACAUGGACUGUAACGAGAGAUCACUGUUGGAUAUCUUCAAACUUUAAUAUGUUUAAUGUUCUUAUUUUCAUCAAACACACCAGCUUAACAUCUGUAAUACAGGACAUACUUACUGCUUCGUUCAAGUCUGAAACUCAUAAUCUUAGUGGAAAAGUUUAGUAUGUCCAUAAUGGUUAUUCUGUUACAAAAUCAUUUCAACUAACAGUAAUAUUAUUUAUAAAACUUAGACUUUCUGUGAUAUGAAGACAAUAUAAUUAUAUUUAUUUUAACACUGUAUUAUAUUUCCUAACCUUGGCAGCUUUUAACAAACAGUAUAUAGUUUAUUAGUCACAUGACACUGAUUAUUUACACUAGGUAACAUUUCAAUUCAUCCCCUAGUGAUCUGUGUAACAGAUAAUUGUAGUGUCUCUCUCAGCCGAAAUGACCGAAUCUACUUAGGUGCUAAACAGUCUUAACAGAACCAAAAUGAAUUCUAAAUAGAAUUUUUUACUCAUAAAAUGCAUGGUUUUUUUUUUUUUUACAAAUGCAUUACAGUUAUUUACUAUUCGUGGAUGUGGUUGAGUUUGUGCACUGAAACAUUUCAUUGUAUCCAUAAAUACUCUGCCACUGGAAAAGCGUUUUCAUUUUGACCUGAUGGCAAGAUGACACUGCAGUGAAUCAAAAGUUUUUGUUACACUAUUUAUUGAAUCUUGAUGUAAAACGGAAUUUAACAAACUGCUGUACACUAAUGUAUGUGUUUUUAGACUGAGGAUUGGGAUUUUUUAAAAUUCUUUAUAAAUAAAUUUGUUUUUCUACAUUGUAUUGAGAUUUUCAUUUGAGGUCUGUUUGAAACAGUUUACCGUGUUUACACUGUGUAAGAAAACUGUACAGUGAUCAAGAAAAAAUAAAAUAUAUAUUUGCAAAGUA